AGACCUGGCAGCUCUGGGGAGCUGCUGGGGGCUCUCAAGUGUGAAUGCUGUGCUUGGGGUCCCAGCGGGAAUAAAACCGGCACCUCCUUCCUGGGACAAACACCGUGUUGGCUGCUCCAGCUGCUGUGAUUCCAUCAGCUCCUGGAGGCAGCUGGCAUUGCCCUGCAGAGGCCACACAUGUGGCAUUUCCCAGGCCUGUCAGGCUGUGCCACGUUUGCUUACACGGAGCUUUAUAAAGAGGAGCUGCGGGAGCUUCCUCUGCUCCUUCCCAGGGUUUGGUCCGGACUCUCCCCCAGCACAGCCCUCACUAUGGGCACCCUCAAUGUCUCCAUUGCUUUUUUUUUCCUGGUUGUUGGGAUGUGCCAGGUGCUCAGGUGGCUUUCCAAGAGGCUCCUGUCUCCCAGAGCGUAUGGCUGCCUUGCCAGAGAACUUGCUGGCUCGUUACAGUUGUGCAUGAGCUGCCUGGAGCUGAGGAUGCUGAUGGAGAUCGGCCCAUGGGGGGGUGGCUUUGGCCUGGACAUGGUCUUGACUCUGCUCUUCCUUCUCUUCGCUGUUCAUGGCGCCUCUUUUGAUGGAGCAUCUGCCAACCCAACUGUCUCUGUCCAGGAGUUCCUGCUGCUCGAGUCCAGUCUCGCAGCCACAGCUGCCAAGCUGCUGGCCCAGGGCGUGGGCACGGGGACAGGCUGGGCUGUCACCAAGCUCUUCUGGUCCUGGGAGCUGACACAGUUCCACUUCAUCCAGAGCCUGAUCUCAUCGGAGUGCAGCUCCUCCAUCCACACCUCCCUGCCCCACGCUGCCCUCGUGGAAGGCACCUGCUCUUUCCUGUUCCACCUCGUCCUCCUCAAGUCACGUCAGAGUCACCCCCUCUGCCGGGUCCCUGCGCUGGCAGCGACCGUCACCUUCCUGACCUACACAGCCGGAUCAUUCACAGGGGCCUUCUUCAACCCUGCCCUGGCCACAGCCACCACCUUCCACUGCACAGGGAACAGCUUCUGGGACUACAUCCAGGUUUACUGGCUGGGGCCCCUCGCAGGGAUGUUUGCUGCCCUCCUGCUGUACCAGGGCAACAUCCCACGGCUCUUCCAGAAAAACCUCCUCUACAGCCAGAAGAGCAAAUACAAGAUACCCAAGGUGAAGGUGACAGUGCACGAGGAGGGUGAUGAACCGAAGAGGAAGAGGAAGGGGGGGAAGAGCAACACCGAGCCUCGUGCCUGAGCCAUGGGGCAGAGGGGUCCUGGCAGUCCCUCUCCUGGGAUAGGGUUUCCAGGCAUGGAAGAUUUUGCUGCUCAUCCUGCAUGUUCAGUCCCUACCACCGGGUGAGACUGUUCUAAAGCAUCGCAAAGGAAUCCUUGCAGGAUGUCCAAGUCCCUGAGCUCCUUUGGGAAUAGCUUUGAGAGACUCCCUGGAGAGCCCGAAAUGUUCCAAGCCUUCGUUGUUAGCUCGGUGAGAAAAAAACUAACACUUUUGCAUAAAUUGCUAAUUGUAUUGCCAGGAAGCUCCCAGAAAGACUAUUACAUGGGCAGGCUUGAGCAACCCUGGGUUAUUGCAUUGUGCAACGCCUGAAAUAACCUCACUGGGUCUCUUGCAGCCAUAAAACCAAAGUAUAAACUAGUAACUGCCUUGGAAACUUAGGAUGGGCAGUAAGCAGGCUUUGAUCUUUCGAGUUAUUAAUGAACUUUGGUCAAAGUGGUGGGGUUUGAGUCAGACUUGAACUGAGGAUGUUGAGUUGCACAGGCUGAACCUGGCAGGUCUUGGAGAGGAAUUAAAAAUGCUCCAAGGCGAGUUCACUGGCCACGGGAGACCCUGCUCCUCUGGGGGUGUGCUUGGCCAGGGUUUUGGUGCUGUAAAACAUCAAGAAAUGGUGCACAAAGGGUCUGUGGUGAGGAAAAAAAAAAGACCCAGGCAGCCAGUGUGGUUGAGCAAGUGCAUCCCUGGGCUCCGUUUCUUGUCUGUGUGAAAUAUUCCUAAAGAUAAAAUUGUGGU